GUUGUUACCACGGUUACUGCACACCUCCACCUGCCGGGGGGACGGAGCGUUGCCAAGGUUACUGCUGCAGGGGGGAAGGGGCGUGUCCGAAUACCUGUGGAGCGCUCACCUGAGCUCAAAGCUGCAGCACAGCCUGGUCCCAGGUGUGUUGAAGCAGUGUGUGUGUGUUCUGUCCUGGAAGCUGAUGGAGUGUGUGUGGAGAGGACAAGAAGGACAGAGGAGAGACAUUUACUGCGAGAUGCUGGACGAACCCCACACCUGUCCUCUGACUCAGUACAGGGCGGACCCAGCUGUCCCUCAGGUGUUCAGUGUCUCUGCUCUGAUUGAAGGUCUUCAGACAGACAGCUGGUCCUCAGUGUCUCUGCGCUCUCUGCUGCCCCCUGGUGGAGGUCUGUCCUCGUCUCAGGUCAACUCAGCUCUGUCCUGGUCCUGCAGGACGAUGACCUCUGACCCCCCCGGAGACACAUCCAGACGCCCCCUGGUGGUGGGGAUGCUGGAGCUGCCGUCUCCGGCGGGACAGACGCUGCAGCUCAGAGACGGGACAGGGACCGUGGCUUGCGUCAUCACGGAAACCAGCGAGGGAGGGGGUCAGAGGGCGGCCUUCAACACCGCCUGGAUAGGUUGUCUGGUGUGUGUGGAGAAGUUCACCAUGGUGACAGAGAGAUUCCUCCAAUCAGAUUUCCCCUCCGACCAACAUCUGGACCAGGACAAGUACAUCACACACAAACACUGCAGGUUUUACCUGCAGUUUUAUCUGGAUCAGCUCCACAUCCUGAGCCCGUCCAUCGCCAUGGAGACUCACCUGAGGGGGGCGGAGCCAGGUGGUGAUGUCACAGAGGAAGAGGAGGAGCCGUCAGGCGGCAAGAGAAGAAGAAGAGACCCCCGGCCCUGCGUCUCCAUGGUGAUCAGGGUGCAGCAGAAAGAGGGCGUUGCCCUGAGGAACUCGGGGGCGGGGUCACACCAGGAGGAGGCGGGGCUAACAGCAAGCUUCUCCGUCACAGCGGCUGUGAUUGGUCCGGUGGUCAGCUGGGGGCGGGACCCGAAGAACAGACCAUUGACAGACAGGGAGGCGGAGCCAGAGAGGGAGGACAAGCAGCUGGUCCUGGUCCUCUCAGGUGUGUCUGCUCGAUGGUUUCCUCUCCUCCAGCCUGGAUGUUUCUACAGACUCAUCGCUGCUAACACACAGGAUCCCAGUGUUCUGAUUGGCUGUGGAGUCUCUGGGAGGAGGGGGGUGGAGCUCCACGCUGACUCCACCCUUCAGGUGCGAUCUGAUUGGAGGUUCCACACUCUGACACGCCCCCUGCUGCUGCUGCACACCUGCACACAGCCUCGCUCGCCCCCCGUCUCGACUCUCUCUCAGGUCCUGGACUGCAGCUCAGAGGUGGUGUGUUUUCAGGCUCAGGUGACAGACAGGAUCAGUGUGACGGAGCGCAGCAGAGGCUCCGCUGCAGGUGUGUGUGCAGGUGUGCGCCUCACAGUGUGUGAUCAGAGUGGGCGUAGUCUGCAGGUGUACCUGGACCUGAGCCACACCCCCCUACCCACCUGGACUGUUGCCUGGCAACACACUGCUGCUGUCAGCUUUCCAGAGGAGAGUGUCCAGGUCAGGGGGGGUGUACUGCAGUCAGCUACCUGUCAGCUCUCUCUCCGUCACCUCUCUGGCAGACUCCAGCUGUGUGCGCCCUCCUCCUGCUCCCAUGAUGCACCUGGGUGUGUGGACAGGUAGCAGGGAGCAGGGGUGCAUUGUGGGUCGGGUCAGAGGUCACGUGGUGUGUCUGUUGCUGCUGCAGCUGAGGUGGAGCUGCUCGCUGUGCGGAGGUCUCUACACACAGUGUUGUUCCAGCGCUCAGUGUGGAUCCUCCUCGUCUGUCUUUCAGUCCACAGUGAA